CCGCUAGAGGGCGCAACGUUCGCUGAACGAAACAGAAGAGAGCAAAAUGCCAAAAGAAAGAUCUCGUUCGCCUCCAAGAAGAGAUCGUGAGAGACGACGAUCACGUUCACGGGAGAGAAGACACCACAGGAGGAGGAGCAGAUCCCCAAGAGCCCGGCGUUCACGGUCUCACUCCCCAAGGAGAAGAUCACGGUCCGUGUCACCAGGCAGAUCAGAGAGGAGGAGUACGUCCAGAGAAAAGGAAGCAAGCAAGUCUUCAGACAAGCCUGUACAGCUGAAUUCAUCACAUGUUGCUAAUAAACCCAAGUUAGACAAACAGACAAUGUCGAAAGAGGAAACAGAUAUGAUGAAAAUAAUGGGAUUCUCUGGCUUUGAGACAACAAAAAACAAGAAGGUCGAAGGCAAUGAUAUUUAUGUGACUAACCUCCAGAGGAAGCGAAGAUACAGACAGUACAUGAACAGACGAGGAGGGUUCAACCGUCCGCUGGACUUCAUUGCGUGAAUGUUGAUUCUUGGCCAGUGUAUGAGUGACCGAGCAUCUUAAUUAACUCUUAAUCUGUAUUGCAUGUCAGCAUGCAGAUAUGUCUGCCUUUCCAGUUUGGACGGCAUCAUUACAAUAUUUUGAAUCAGAUUCUGCCAGUGCAGUGUAGUGAAGCAUAUGCCAAGCUUUCCUGACCACUAAUUCAGACAACUGUUGACCUUGCUACAGGCAUUGUUAUCAAGGCAGUCAAUUUCUAAUUAUAUUUACUCUUUUUCACCGUAACAUACAAAGGUUACAUUUGGAAAGUUUUAAUGAAAAAUUGUAAUGUUUACUCUCACGCGGAACUAAACAUUCUUAUAGUGAUCAAUAUUUUCCUAAAUUAUUUCAAAAUGCCUCAUGUCUUGCAUCUG